AUGAAGACAUCAACCCUCUUUACUAUUUUCACUGCCAUGUGCGGUACUCUUGCGGCACCUACCGAACGCGGCGCAGGGUCGGGCGUCGGUAAUUUGAUCAGCACCGGCGGCAAAGUCUUCCGUAUUAAAAUCGAGCCCAUCGGCGAUGCGGGAGACCAAGUCUUCCAAUUCAGCUCAACACAGUUCGUCAAGGCCACCCCAGACCAAGUCGUUAACGGCACGACCAAGACUGGCGGUCUGCCCGGCGCUUCUGGAACAUAUAACUUUGGUAUCAACUCGCAAACCGAUACAAUCUGUUACAACAUCACGCUGUACGGCUUUCGGGGAGAGUAUCAGUCUCCAGCGGCCACCGCGACCCACAUUCACGAAGCCGCGCGCGGCGCAUCUGGGCCGCCCAGGAUCGCAUUUCCCAACCCACAGCCAGUGGCUGGCAACAAGGAUUUCCUGGCGCUGUCCGAGGACAAUUGGCAUGAGUCUUCGACGCAGAGCGAUGACGGGCUUUGCACGGUGGAGAGGAGUAGGGCAAAAAUCGACAAGGGCACACCUCGUGAUGCAAGCGGUCGCGCUCAACUGCUCAGGACCGAGAGGAAAAGCCGGCGCCUGCACCAAGUUACCCCGGCCACGCUGGUCAAGCCUGGCGAGAUGCCGGCAACACAACAACUGAGACGCAUCAGCAGCAACAUCGGCACACGGCUGGUUCGCUCAAGGGGGAUGCCACUCAGCCAACCUCGGGCGAAGCCGCGGACACGAUCGCACAAGGCAGAACGCAUCUAUCUCGGCAACCUUCUUUAUCGAAUCAAACCGGAUGAAGUCGAGGAGAUGUUGGCCACGAAUGGGUUCGGCGAAGAGGUCGAGACUGUCCAUAUUUCCAUCGACGCUAUGACCGGACGCAAUCCCGGCUACUGUUUCAUCGAUUUGAAGACUCGCACUGGAGCGCAAAUGGCCCUGGAGUCUUUGGCCGGUACUUCAAUUUCAAGGUCGACCGGUCAAAGUCGGCCCCUGCCAGCCGAAGCGAGCCGAAGCACGGUGGAGAAGUGCCGAUUACAAGCCGACAUUCCAAAGAUGGGAGGAACAGAGCAGGGUCCUUAUGGGGCGCUUGACCAUCUCAACGAGGUCAGGAAGGUAGGCGCGCCAGCUCGGGUGUUUGUUGGAGGGCUGGGCAAGAUGAUCAACCAGGUCGAGAACGAUAAGGAAAUCAGGGGUUAUUUCGAUGGCUUCAAUGUGUUCGUAUUCCUCUCUAUUACCGCUUUCGACUUCCUGCUCGAGAUACACAUUACAAAGCGGCGAAAACUUACUAAUGAAGCUGCAAAUUAUGAAGAAUCGCAAUCAGCAAACGAAUCGUCCCCAAUCCAUCCACGAGAACAAAGCCCGGAAAUCAUCAUUACUGUUUCGUCGAUUUCGAAAGCCCAGAGGCAGCCCAAGCUGCCAUAG